AAUAUCUUAAAAAAAUAUUCGUAUUAUGAAUUGACAAAGUUAUGGGUAAAAGAGUUAGAAAAUAUCUUCAUAAAAUUCUUGUCUAUAUAACUUAAUUAUUUUAAUAUUACCUUUAAAAUAAGACAAAUAGUUUAUAUAAAUUUUUAAUCUAUUCUUAACUCACUAAAAACUUUAUAAAUAUUAACCAAAAGAGUUAUUGAAAAUUCGAAGGCAUUAUUCAAAUCGUAAUUCUCUAAGUAUUCCGUACUUUAUACGUUUGAAAAGACAAAAAGAAACUGAAUUCUGAUAAUCAUCGUUCGUUUUUUUUGUUGUUUAAUGCUUAUGUAUAUGUGGUGAAGGAAAAAAGAAAAUACGUGUGUAUUAGAGUAGAUGACACCAAAAUAAUGUAUAUGUACUGAGAUUGACCGCAUAAGAAGCUUUCCAUAUAACUAGUGCCCAUUACUCUGUAUAAUUACAAGAUUAGCAUCUCUCUCUCUCUCUCUCUCUCUCUCUCUCUCUCUCUCUCUCUCUCUCUCUCUCUCUUACUCUAUUCUCUGCAUCAAUUUCAUUCACACAAGAUUCCAAACAACGAGAAUUGAUAGAAAGUGAGAUUUUCAGAAUUUAUUGUUUCUCUAGUCCUCUCUCAUCAUUAAAACACAUAUAGUCUCUCUCUCUCUCUUUCUCUCUCUCUCUCUCUCUCCAGAGAGCUCCAUGACUUCUCCGGUCUCUGACCAUUCCUCGAGUUCUUGAUCUUUCGUCUCCAUCUAAGAACCCUAAUUUAUUAUAUAUUCUCUCCUCCAUCUCCCCUCAUGUUGAGAUCAUCAGUAACGCUUCGUCUCGCUCCUCUCCGACUCACAGGACUCUGCCAUGGUUGUUGAUGCUGAAUCCUCCUCCUCAACAAGGCUUCUUCAUUCAUGUGGGGUUUCCAAUAGUUUUGCUUUUAUGAGGUUAUUACAAAAAGCUCAUCACUUCUCUUCUUUCUCCGAGGACAACAACAACAACAACAGCAAGAAAGACAUUCGCUUAGGAUCUGAUCAUUACCAAGUUUGUAGGAAAGAUUGUAGUUUCAUGGCCGAUCAAGAAGAACCGAGAAGUACUACUUCUAGGUUAAGUUCCAAGGAUGACCACGACAACAACAACAAUAACAAUAAUAAUGAUAAUAAUACCAAGAAUGAAGCCGAAGAUCAUGAGAUGAGACAAGAAGGAUGGCUCCGGUUAAGCACAGGCCACGAGGAUGAUGUUAAACCGGAUCUUGACAAUAAACAUCAAACCAAUCAAACGGCUGGGAGAGACUCUUUUCUAGAGCUUAACCUUUACUCUGGCGGUUCAAAUAGAGAAGAAAGAGUUGAUGUUCCAUUAAUGUCAUCUAUCUUUCAUCAUCAGCAUGAACCAGGAGGGAUGAUGAUUAAUCCAUUAAUGUUCCCUACCAGGCCUGAUCAGGAGACGAUUGGUUCUUGGGCGGCUGCUGCGUUUAGAACGCCUUUUGUCCCACAAAACCUAGUGCAACCAUCAUCGUCAUCUACCUCUUUGAUGAUGCCAUUCAUAGGACCUUACUUUGGUCGCUCCAAUUUUCAGCACCAGUUAAUAGGGAACAAUAAUAAUAAUAAUCCGGAUGUGGUGGCUGGUCCAAGCUCGAGUUUUCGAGUCAUCGAUCCUCCCAGGCGAUCCCAUUCGGGCAUUUGGUUCCUCCUUCAAGCUUCUCAAAACCAGACAAGAGAACCAUUCUUGCCUCAGAUACCCAAGAGCUACUUGAGAAUCAAGGACGGGAAGAUGACUGUUCGAGUAUUGAUGAAAUAUUUGGUGAGCAAGUUGAGAUUGGAGCACGAAUCCCAGCAGGUAGAGAUAAGAUGCAGAGGGCAAGAACUGGAGCCAGUGUUGACACUACAACACGUGAGAGAUACAAUCUGGAGAGGAAGCAGAGACAAUUCUUCUGUUUCACAAAACCUUAUUACUUUGCUUCCAAACUCAUCUACCUCUGAUCAUCUCAUGGUCCUUCAUUAUGGUAGGACUCUUUCUUAAUUAUCAUAUAUAUUCCUAUAAUAUUUUCUCCAUUUUAUUUAUUUUUAACACCAUAUUAUUCUCAAUAAAAACAACUGCCCACCCUUUCUUCUUUUAACUCAACACCUUCAAUUGUCUUCUUCCCUCUCUUUUUUUUGGCGGGUGGUUUUGAUUAUUUAUAUCUCCUUGAGGCCUUUUUUUGUGCGAUUUGUCGAAUGAUCUAUCAAGAACAAAUGAGUAUCUAAUUCAGUAGGAGUAUGCAUGCCCCUGAUUGAUGUUUUUAUUGAUGUAUCUUCUGGGGCUGCGAGUAACAUUAACGCAUGAAAAAGAUGUAUUCCAUAUUUAUAAGCAUUAUUUUUCAUCCUA